AUGGACGGCAGAUUCUCACUCCAGUGCCAAAUCCAACGGAUGAGCGUCCCAAUCGGGCCCUAUAAGCAAGGACACAAAACCACGGCGCCGGGAAGCCCCGAGCCCCGCGCCGCCUCCCCCGCUUGUCCUAAACCUCUAAACCCUAGAGCGGCGGCGGCGAUGGCCCCCAAGCGCUCGGCUCCACCUCCGCCCCCGGUUGCCUCCUCCGAGGAGACCGCCUCUGGUUCGGGCUCCGAGGAGGAGGAGGAGGACGACGACGACGAGGAGGAGGAGGAGAUCGCCCACUCACCGCCUCCGGCCGCUCCCAAGAGCAUUGCUCCGUCGCGGCCGAAGGACCAGGAAUCCGAAGCGUCCGAUGAGGAUGAAGAUGGUGAGGAGGAAGAGGAGGACGAAGAAGAAGAGGACGAGAAGGCCAACCACGUGAUCCCUUCUUCCGCCACCAAGAACCCGCCUCCGCCGCCGCCGACUCGCGAGGAAUCCGAGACUUCCGACGAAGAAGAGGAGGAGGAGGAGGAGGAGGCGGACGACGAGAUGCCGCAGACGAAGCUCGCUCCAAAUCAAGAGAUGGAGGCUAAGGGCGCAAAGCGGUCGGGCGCGCCGUUCCAGCGCACCUGGUCGACUGACGACGAGUUCCGCAUCCUGGAGGCCCUCGCUGCGCACCGCCUGGAGCACGGCUCGCUGCCUCAAAUAGACGUGCUGGCCAACGCCCUCGCUGGCAAGCUCGACAACAGUGGCUGCAGCCUCUCCGAGCUCAAGAGGAAGGUGAAGAGCUUGCAGAGCCGGAACACCAAAGCGGUCAAGAAGGGCGCGCUGCCGAGCAAGGAUCACGACCGCCGUCUCUUCGACCUCUUCAAGAACGUCUGGCCUUCCGUUACCAAGGCGGCUACCAAGGCAGCGCCUACCAAGGCGGCGGCUAACAGUGGUGCUGGGAGGGAGCCUGACGAGAUGUGCGAGCUGUACCCAUACCUUGCGGAGGAGGUGAAGGCGCUUCAGAAGGCACACCCGGGCUUGUUCAAGCGGGAGUUUGCGAUGAUCGACGAUAGCAAGGCCCGUGCACUGGACGAGAAGAUCAAGAGGCAGAGGCAUGCACAGAUGAAACUGCAUCUGCGCCGCCACGACCUGACCAAGGUAGUGACCAAGACGCUCAUGGACCUGGCUAAGUGA